AUGUUGGAAGAAUGGUUGAGUGAGCCUAAUUUUGCCUCCAUCAGUGGACAGCUGGAAGAACUGUACAUGACUCACAGCAGGAAGGAUAUGAAUGAAACUUUGACCGAUAUCCUUCUGUCUGCCUGUGUUACGCCAGCAAUGAUGCCUGAUCGACUGCUCAUGGAACAUGUUUUUUUGGUUAGCAUUCUACACUACACUGUGGGACUUGAGGUUGGAGCUCAUUUCUUGGAAGCAGUGGUGAAGAAAUUUGAUGAAGUUCAUCGAAGUGGAAGUGAAGGAAAAGUGUGCAAUAAUCUCAUUGCCUUGUUGGCACAUCUUUAUAACUUCCACGUUGUUCACUCUGUGCUGAUCUUCGAAAUUCUAAAAAUACUUUUAGACUCCUUUACUGAGAAAGACAUUGAAAUUAUUCUAUUUCUUCUGAAAAAUGUUGGCUUUUCUCUGAGGAAGGAUGAUGCUCUUGCUCUGAAGGAACUGAUCAGCGAGGCCCAAAAGAAGGCUGGUAUGAACAAGGAGCUUGUAGAUCAGUCAAGGGUUCGAUUUAUGCUUGAAACUAUGCUGGCGUUAAAGAAUAACGAUAUGCGAAAAAUUCCAGGCUAUGAUCCUGAACCAGUGGAAAGACUGCGGAAGCUUCAAAGAAGUAUGCUUCACAACAAUGGAGGUGGAAAAGAAGCUCAGCUACAUGUUACUUUUGAGAACAUUUUGAAUGCUGACCAGACUGGACGAUGGUGGAUUGUAGGUUCUUCCUGGAGUGGGACCCCAAUGAUCUCUAACGCUGAUAGCAUUUCACAGCUUAAACUGCCAGGAGGAAAGGUAAGUUCUAAAAUCCUGGAGCUUGCUCGCAAGCAGAGAAUGAACACAGAUAUCAGAAGAACUAUAUUUUGCGUGAUGAUGACUAGUGAAGACUUCCUGGAGGCUUUUGAAAAUCUUCUCAGGCUUGGACUGAAGGACCAUCAGGAAAGGGAAAUCGUUCAUGUGCUCAUUGAUUGCUGUCUUCAGGAGAAAACCUUCAACGCUUUUUAUGCCAUCUUGGGAGAUAAGUUCUGUAACUAUGAUAGAAGAUUUCAGAUGACUUUUCAGUUUAGUAUGUGGGAUAAAUUUCGAGAACUGGAAAACUUGUCAGACACUGCUUUCAGCAACCUGGGGGAUCUUCUAGCCCACCUGCUUAAGAAAAAAUCACUCUCUCUUUCUGUCUUUAAGGUAAUUGAAUUCAGUGAACUUGAUAAACCAAAAGUGCGACUUUUGCGGCACAUACUGCGAAAACUUUUAAUGGAAACAGGUCCAGAGGAACUAGCAGCUAUCUUUGGAAGAAUAUCUGGCAUACCAAAACUUGGACUGUUGUGUGAAGGCUUGAAGUUAUUCAUUUCACAUUUCUUGCUGAAGAAUUCUCAUGGAAGUUCUGAAGAAGUGUCAUUACUGAAAGAACAAGCAAAUGUGGCUGAAAAAGCCUUGCAAGCCAAAGACUCUAAAUUAAAACUAUAAACUGUGGAAUACAUAUUUGUGUAAUACAUUCAACAAUAUUUUGGGGGAAAAGUGAAGAAUGCAGAGAUUAUAAAAGCCACAUUUUAUGUGCCAAGUACAUCUUAUAUUCUUACUGAUGUCUGAUUUAUUUUAUUUAAAAUAUAUACUGAAAUACA